AUGUCCUUCCGCGACGCAGUCCGCCGGCGACUGGCGUCUCUGCUGCAGCCCUGGCUGGUGGAGGAGCCGGAGAUCGAAGUCGAGCUAGGGAUUAUAAACUCCCGCAUAACUGCCAGGCACCUGAGCUUGGAUGCGUCUUCACUCAAUUCGUACCUCCACGGUUCGUACCGCUUCGCGGUUGCGCAGGUGACCGUGGAGCUGUUCUCUGUGCGUUUCUCCAACUGGUCGGCGCCUGCGUUCGAUUUCGAAGUCCGCGGCCUCAAUGUCGUGUUGUCGGCAGGGGAACCGAAGGAAGAAGAGCGUUCAGUAGGCGGUGGGAGGACGUGGACGAGUGAGGAUGCUGACGAGGAGAAGAAGAAGGAAGUGGCUAGCCACGAUCCUGAGGGCAGUGACUUGCAUGAUUUGCUGGAGAAGAUGUUGAGCACCAGUUGCUCAAGCAGUAGUUUCAAGAAUUCUCUGUUAAAUGUUGUUCUUACACAUUGCCGUCUUCAGAUGUUCCAUACUAGUCUUGAAGUGCAAUACCCCAGUGUAAAUGAGGCGCCGUUGUGCUUGGCAGAACUUAAAUCAUUAAGUGUGGAGUCAAACUAUUAUGAGGGAUGUUUUGCCAGACGGCUUAUGACUGCAGUUCUUAGACCUCAGAAGGAGGCUUCUUUUGUGAUGGACUUUACAGGGUUUGAGGUUGGUUAUAGGCUGAAAGAUCAAUCUACUCAAGUUGUUUCUUCGGCGGAUCUUCUUGGUUAUGCUAGAUAUAGUGAUCUUCAACUCGUUGACUUCAGUAUCCAUGUUUCAGAAUGGAAUCUGUUACUAUCUCCAAUUGACCUCCCAGUGCUGUUAGUGUUUGCUAAUACUUUCUCAAAAAUAUCCAAGAGGGUUAGAAAUGGUGGACAACUUUGGAGACUAGCUGCAACCAGAUUGCGACGUGUGUCUCCCAAGCUUUCAUUGUACAAUGUAGUGGAAUUUGCUUGUCUGUGGCUACGGUAUCUCAGAAGUUAUGAGUGUUUGUUAUUGAUGGUUCACUAUGCUGAUAAGGGAUCACUAAAAGUGUUCAUUGGUAAAAUGUGCAAGGAUAAGAAGUUGUUGAAUUCUGUAAAAGAGCUUUGGGGGAUUAUUUCUGAUGUUGAGAAAGAGCUUCCAGCUGAAUAUAUUGCUCAGGCACGGCGGAUAGCUCGAUACAGAGUUGCGAAGAGCAUCAUCCAAGGUCAUGAAGGCAAUUAUAUCUCAUCUAGCAGUGGUCUGGUCAAGAUAUUCUCUAAGGCUUUCAAGGGAUUAGCUGUCAUCUGGAAUAUUAUCUGCAGAAUCUUCCUCUGGACUUUACAGUUUUUUUAUUUGACAAACAUCUUCUUUCAGAAACCAAAAGUUCAUAGUUUGUUAGAAGCCGUGUCUGAAAAUGACAUCCCUGAAGUCUGCUUUCUCAUAGAAUUCGGAAAAAUUUCCAUCUCAUUAUCUCCAAUCUCAGGCUUUGAGAACGAUAAUAAACAAAUAGAGCCACCUGUUGAUAUCUCAACUUCAGAACUCCACUCAUUCUGUCUGUCAAUAGAUGCGUUAGUAUUGUUGUAUCUUAAUGGUACGUUUGAGCAAUCUAUUUUUGUUUCCUGUGGGCAGUUGAAGGUUGAUCCUUCUUACAUAAGCACUAGUUCUUCAGAAGGUCAUGAUCUCAGUCCGGCUAAAGUAAGUAAAAAAGUGCCUCCCGAGUAUGCAAAAUCUGUUCUAUGGAGUGAACCAGCACAAACAUUAGUCUCUGGGCAACCAGGUACUGAUGCUGGAGUUCAAGUGAAAGGCGCCUGUUAUGGACUUCUAAAAGAGAUUAUGGGAGAAAUGUGGCUGGCUUGGGAAAGAACUUGUCUGGAACUUGAUGCUCGUGAUGUUGAUUACUCUGACAACCCUUGGCUUCUUUGUCAAGUAAAAAACUGUCUGAUGGUUCCAGACUUGAAUACUCCAGAUUUUCAGUGCAGUAAAUGCUGCAUGUCACUUGGUAAACUAACUCUGUCUCUGGGGUAUCAAUCAGUGCUAUCAGCUCUGAUUUUGUGCUACCAAAUAGAACAGGCUCUUAGCUUGGCAAACCAUGGUCAGAGUGUAAGUGCCUCAUCACAAGCCACUACAGUCCAGGAGCUUCCAGAUUCUGAACUUGGAAUCAAAUAUGACUUAUAUGUUGGUGAAAUGAAGAAAACUUUCCUCAAAAUGAUCCCAGAGAAACAAGUUCAGCUUGGAGUAUUCAUUACUGGGAUUGACAUUGAAAUUUUGUCAAGUCAGGCUGGUUUUCCUUGCGAGAGUAAACAUCUGAAUGGUGUAAUUGGUCAAGACGGCUUUCAUCUAGGGCUUGAUAUAUGUAGUAUCGAGGUUGCUGUCUGGCCAUCUUCUAAAUUCGACAUAGGGUUGGCCAAGUUCCCAGGAUCUCAUGAUCUAGAGCCAAGGGGCUCACGGUUGAGGGAUACUGAGGCAAUAGAAAUUCCUGGGACGGAGAAUGAAAAGUAUGCCUCUCAAGGUUGUGUUUCCCUGGGUUCUUACAUGAAAGUUAAUGGUUUGAACUUCACUAUUGGAGAAAUGAAGGGAAGAAAAGAUUAUGGAUUUCUUAUACUGAAGCCAAUAACUCUCCAGUUAUCAUUAUUCAGGGAGUGUGUUCAUUCUUUUGGCAGCACCGUUGUUGCUUUUUCUGUGGCUUUACAUGUGGAAGCUACAGGGCUCUCUACCUUUUCAUGCAUGGAUGAGGUGGAAGAUCUGUUGCAGGUUGUAGCAGGUCUGGUUUCUGAAGUUCCUACUGCGUUUGGUAACUUUGACUUGGUUGGUCGUUCACCUCAAACUUAUAUGAGGCACAAUGUGGUGUUUGAAGAAGCUGAUACUGAUUAUACAAAUGUAAAAGGAGCACCUUUGAUUGACAAGAGUCUUAUGUUCAAAAUUACGAGCUCCUUUGCUUUCAGAGAAAUGGGUAUGAUUCUUCAAAAAGCGAGGAUACAUGAUGGGGUCGAAGGUUAUAUCAAAAUUGAGGAUGCGUUUGUUAGUGAAGAAAAAUCAGGGAUUCCUGAUCUGAGCAGUUAUGGAAUUGGGAUGUUUUCUCGUCAAAGUAAUCUGGAAAUAUCCUGUGAAGAAAGGAAAGUGGAAGUUCACUGUCAUUUGGCAGGAGUCCAUUCUGUAAUUUUCAGAUCUGCAGAUUCCACUGAAAAUUCUUUUAGUUAUUCUGCAAGUUACAAUUUGCUGCAACAAUCUCAUGAUUGCAUGCAUGAGCUAUCUCUUCCUAAUUGCAACAUUUCUUUAUGGCUGGGUCAAAGACAUGUACUGGAUGACUCCCUUGUUCUUUCUUCUUCUGGAGGGCCAAGUAUCGAUGAGGGAUCUCAUUCUCUGGGUGAAGCUGAGACAUUAAGUGUCCCCUCCUGCUCAGCAUCUGAAAGUUCUGGUUUUGCUUCACCAAGCACAGAUCAAUCGGCAAGUUAUAGUGUUAUUAUAAAUGUUGAACUGGAUUUACUUUCCGUCUCAAGAUGUUCUGCAAAAAAGCUAGUCAUAGCUCAUCAGUAUAAUAAACUUACAUCCUUGAUUUUGGUUGGUGGAGAUCUUCAGACUAUCUCUUGGGAUAUACAGGGUGGUCCUUUGUUCAUUGAAGUUACGGCUCUUUCACUGUUGGCUAGAUGUUCUGCUUCAUCCCUUCGGCGCAUAACAGAUAUUGUAUCUAUAUUAAACACAUCGUUUGAACACACAGAACGUAACAAAAGGCGGGUCCAAGAAACCACGGGUACAUCUCAACAGACAAAAUGGGAGCUACCUAAAGCUUCAACCUUGAAUGUAUCGCAGCUUUCUCUUGUUCUUGCUGUUGAAGAUGACUCUGGUUGCUUUCAGGAACUAGUGAUCGGAGUUGACAUUCAUGUGAAACUUCAGUCAAACGACAUACUGACAGAACUGGUGUUUGAAGUUUCUCACAUGUCAAUCUUUUCCCAGAUCGCCGGAGAACAAUUUAAAACUGGAAAUCGAACACCACAUUUUUCUUCCAUAGAGUCAAACGGAUCAUCUUCUCGUCCUUAUGGAAAUCCUGCUGCGACUUCGUCGGGCAUCGGCCCGAAUCAUAUAAAUCACCAAAAUGACAUAUUGAAGCAUUUGGUUGUAUCUGUUACAGCAGAGAAGCCAAAGAACGGUCCUGCAAACUUAUCUGAGGUUUGGGCUGGCCAAGGUUCAAUCUCAGGUUUUGAUAUGACUGUAUCACUAUCCGAAAUUCAGUUGAUUUCUUCUAUGCUUUCAUCCUUUUCUGCUACACCCCAUGAAGAGGCAGCUCAUGAGCCAACAAAAAAGCGCUGGUUCACUGAUGACGGCAGCGACAGAGAAACAGGAGUUAUGGUUCCGGAUGGCGCAAUAGUUUCAAUUCAAGAUGUACAUCAGCACAUGUAUUUUGCAGUGGAAGAAGGGGAAAAUAAGUAUAACAUGAUUGGUGCAAUUCAUUAUUCUCUUGCCGGAGGGAGAGCUCUUUUCAGGGUCAAGCACCAUGUGCAAAGAAUAUGGAAAUCAUCCAUCGUAUGGUUCUCGUUGAUAUCCUUGCAUGCCAAGAAUCACGAUGGGGAACCAUUUCGAUUGAGCUACCGCCCAGGUUCAAGUUUUGUUGAUAUCUCUAGCACAAGUGAGAAUGCAGGGUCACUCUGGAGAAUUAUCUCUCGUGAACCCGAAAGCUCUAAGGAUGGGAUCGAUUGGGAACCAUAUAACAAGCUGGUGAAGAAUACAUUUUACCUGGUCAACAAAAAGAACGAUUGUGCUGUUGCCUUUGUUCGUGAUGUACCAGAGUUUGUGAGGAAGCCCGGAAAUCCUUUCAAGUUUAAAGUUUUCCAUGAUAUUGCAAUGGUUCAUGAUGUUGCAACAUCACAUAGUUACCCUAUGGAGUCAUCAGGCUCUGAUGGAGUACCUGCUGUCCGUCAUGAUCAAAGACAAAGUUCCGCGCAGAGCGAGAGUCUUCCAUGCAUUCAAAUAAGAAUCAACAGUGUCAGCUUGACCAUUGUUCAUGAACUUUUAGAUUCCAAGGACAGGUCUCCUUUGCUUCGCUGUUGCAUCAACAAUGCCAAACUCAAUGUUCAAGUUCUGUCUAGUAAAACCAGAGUUAUGAGCACAUCAACUGCCUCAGUUUCUUAUUUUGAUUCUCAAAGAAGUGAAUGGAGUGAAUUUGCUCAUCCAGUUGAUAUAUGCACAUUUUACCGUUCAAGAGUGGAUUCAAGAACUGACCGACGAAGGCUACCUGUGGACAUCUAUUGCAGAACUAACGAGGUGCAUAUUUCUCUAAGUGAGCUUGCACUGGAUGUACUUUUAUUCGUGAUUGGGAAACUAGAUUUGGCUGGUCCAUUCGCUGUGAGGAGCUCGAAGAUUCUGUCUAAUUGCUGUAAGGUGGAUAACCAGUCAGGUUUAGAACUUAUAUGUCAUCUCGGUGAAGACAGAAGUAUCAAAGUUAUCAGAGGACAAUCUGCUUCCAUAUUUUUGAGGUAUAAUACAUCUGCAAACCAGCUAGUGGAGAAAGUGUCAGCUAUCAGUAUUCAACUUUCUAACAGUGCAUCUUGGGCCACAUCAUCAGUCCAUCUUUCUCUUGUGAAAUCUCAAAUAGUAGCUUGGAGAACAAGAAUCAUGUCACCUCAAGAUUCAAGAACUUAUCCCGGGCCAUUCGUUGUGGUUGACAUUUCAAGAAGAUCAGAGGAUGGUUUGAAGAUUGUGGUGUCUCCAAUGGUAAGAAUACAUAAUGAAACUGGAUUCCCCCUGGAACUACGAUUUAGGCGGCCUCAAGAAAAUGAAGAUGUCUUUGCUUCAGUAUUCCUUCAAAAGGGGGAUGCAAUUGAUGAUACGUUGGCAACAUUUGAUGCCAUAAGCUCAUCUGGUGGGCUGAAGAAGACAUUAAUGUCAUUAAGCGUUGGUAACUUCUUAUUUGCAUUCAGGCCUGAAGUUCCAGAUGGCUCUAUCAAUUCCAUGAGUCCGGUCUCUGCCGAAUGGUCAGAUGACUUUAAAGGUGGAAAAGCUGUUCGUCUGUCCGGGAUUUUUGACAAACUAGGCUAUAAAGUUCGCAAGGCCCUAUCUGUUGAAUCAAUGAAAUGUUCCUUCAGCACUGCGUAUUGCAGUCUCAAAAAUGAAGAUGCACAUAUCAUUGACUUGCAUUUCUUAAUUCAGAAUAUUGGACGAGAUAUACCCAUUGCACAACCAGACACAAAUCAUGAUGGUUCGGAAAGUAGAAAUUCGGCAGUAGCAUUACGAGAGCAAAGGGAAAUAUUUAUACUUCCUACAGUUCGGGUGUCAAAUUUGUUGGAUUCUGAUAUCCAGGUCCUUCUAACUGAGACAGAUGUAUAUACCUCCAUCUCUAGUGUGAAUAUUGGGAAACAAGCAACUGUAUCAUCGGGAUCAACAGUCGACUUUUAUGCUAAUCCUGCCAUAAUAUACUUUACUGUUACCCUAGCUGCUUUUGGUUCAACCUCCAAACCUGUGAACAGUGGUGAUUGGGUCAAAAAGUUACGUAAGAACAAAACUGAUGUACCCUGCUUGGACAUUGAUCUGGAUUUUGGUGGUGGGAAGUAUUUCGCAUCUCUUAGAUUAUCCCGCGGGCCCAGAGGUGUACUGGAGGCUGCUAUCUUCACUCCAUAUUCCUUGAAGAAUGAGACAGAGUUUUCCUUAUUCUUUUUUGCUCCUAACCAGAAGACCUUAUCGAGGAGUGAACUUGAGACGUCUGCCUCUAACAUUCCUCCAGACGUCGGAUUAUUUUUGCCUCCAAAAUCAAUUAGCUCAUGCUUUUUAAGAUCUCACAAGAUGCAGCUCAUAGUCCUACAGCACCACCAAUCAAAGGCAUUGCUAGACUUGGAUGCUUUGUCUGCCCUCACAGAGAUAAGCUUGAAAAUAGAAGAGGAGUCUAGAGUUAAAUACAUUGUGAAGUUGGGGGUGUUAGUGGGACCUUCUUUAAGUAAGGUGGUUGUCCCGUCUCAGAUGGUAACUCUGGUCCCAAGACAUGUGGUGUUUAACGAGUCGAGUGAAAGUAUUACCAUCCGUCAAUGUUAUUUGGAGGAUGAAACAACAGGAAUAGUUUCCAUUGGCAGUAAGCAAAGAAAAGCAUUGCUACUGCAGAGUGGCAUUGCUAAGAGCAAGGAACUCAAUUCGUUUGAAAAUUUCAUCAGAAGACAUAAAAAUGACGUCGAGACGUCGCUACUGUAUGUCCAGUUUCGAUUGGAUAAGUCUGGAUCUUCUUGGUCAGGCCCAGUGUGUAUUGCUUCAUUGGGACGCUUCUUUGUGAAAUUUAGAAAAGAACCUGACCAAGUGCAAUUGGUAGACAAUAGUACAACAGAAUUUGCUGCAGUGUUUGUUGCCGAAGAAGGUUCUGUUCUUGGUGUGCACUUCCACAAACCACCAAAUAUUGGUCUCCCUUAUAGGAUUGAGAACCACUUGCAUGAUACGUCUAUAACAUAUUAUCAAAAGGAUUCAGCGGAGAGGGAGGUGCUUGGAUCUAAUAGUAGUGCUUUUUAUGUCUGGGACGAUUUGACUCUUUCGCACAAACUGGUUGUUUUAGUCAAUGGUAUGCAUCUUUUACGGGAGAUUAACCUUGAUAAGGUACGAACCUGGAAACCUUUUACAAAGCUGACUCCACUCAGAAGCCUUGCCUCUCAUUCACAUUUGGAGGGAAAAGCGGACCAGAAAUCUAGUCAGUUGAAUACCAUAGCCGUUGUGAGGAUAGGAUAUGAAGUGUACGCAGAGGGUGCUACACGCGUUUUAAGGAUUUGUGAGUUCUCUGAUAGCCAUAAAGGAGACCGAUCAUCUCAGUCUAGCGCAAGAAUUCAGUUAAGACUUGCUGAGCUUGCUGUUCGCUUUCUUGAGCAAGGAAAAGAGGAUUCGGAUGAUAAUGAGGAAUUGCAUUACAGCCCCUUGGCUGUUGCAAGAUUGGGAAACGUUGACUUGGAUUCAGUAAUCACCGAUGAACAGAAGUAUAACCUAGUCACGAUCCAGUCAUUAACUGUGGACAAUAAGUGGGCAGAUGCUCCUUUCGCAGCGAUGCUUCGGAGACAUCAACUAGAAUCGAAUGACUCAGAUUUUCCUGUACUGAAAGUUUUCUUCGUCCCUCUUUCAAUCAGCUCUAAAGUAACCCAAGUUAAAUACUCAUCAAUCAUCCUCCAGCCAAUCGAUUUGAACAUAGAUGAGGAGACAUUGAUGAGAUUCGCCUCAUUCUGGAGAUCUUCUCUCAGUGACUCAACUGCUCCAAGUCGGCAGUAUUACUUCGACUAUUUUGAGAUCCACCCUGUGAAGAUAAUUGCAAACUUCCUUCCCGGCGACUCUUAUUCGAGUUACAGCUCAACACAGGAGACUCUAAGAUCACUAAUCCAUAGUGUUGUGAAGGUUCCCACCAUAAAAAAUAUGGUUGUAGAACUUAACGGGGUUCUGGUCACUCAUGCUUUGAUAACCAUGCGAGAACUGUUCAUCAAAUGUGCCCAACACUAUUCAUGGUAUGCUAUGAGGGCCAUCUAUAUUGCCAAGGGAAGCCCCUUGCUCCCUCCAGCCUUUGCAUCUAUAUUUGAUGACAUGGCCUCUUCUUCUCUUGAUGUCUUCUUCGAUCCUUCUCGUGGACUAGUCAGUCUUCCAGGGUUGACUUUAGGUACCUUCAAAUUCAUCAGUAAUUGCAUUGAUGGCAGAGGGUUCUCAGGGACAAAGCGGUACUUUGGUGAUUUGGGCAAAACGUUGAGGACAUUGGGGUCAAAUGUGCUAUUUGCUGCUGUUACUGAAGUAUCCGAUUCUGUCCUGAAGGGAGCAGAAACAACCGGUUUUGAUGGAAUGGUCCGCGGCUUUCACCAAGGCAUUCUAAAUUUGGCCAUGGAACCAUCGGUGAUUGGGACAGCCGUCAUGGUUGGUGGCCCGGAUAGAAAGAUUAAACUCGAUCGCAGCCCAGGUGUCGACGAGCUCUACAUCGAAGGAUAUCUGCAAGCAAUGCUGGAUUCAAUGUAUAAGCAAGAGUACCUUAGAGUCAGAGUCAUUGAUGAUCAGGUUAUCCUCAAGAACCUACCCCCAAACAGCUCCCUCAUAGACGAAAUCAUGGACCGUGUCAAGGCCUUCCUCGUAAGCAAGGCACUGUUGAAAGGCGACGCGUCCUCUUCUUCACGCCCCUUCCGCAAUCUCCGUGGAGAAAACGACUGGAAGAUCGGGCCGACUGUCUUGACCCUCUGCGAGCACUUGUUCGUCAGCUUUGCAAUCCGCGCUCUGAGAAAGCAGACCGUGAAAGUGUCCGGUAAAGUGCUGGCCAAUAUCAAGUGGAAGAACGAAGAAACAGCAGCAACAGGAGAGGAAGUGGGAGAAGAUGGCAGCAAUGCUAUAGUCCCAGCACUUGACGGCGGGAAGAUGAGGUUCGUCUGGCAAUGGGGCGUCGGCAAGUUUGUUCUGUCGGGUAUCCUGGCGUACAUCGACGGAAGAUUGUGCCGCCGGAUUCCUAAUCCGAUUGCUCGCCGGAUCGUUGGCGGCUACUUGCUGAGCUUUCUGGACAAGGAUGAAAACGACAAGUAA